CACCAAUUUAGGCACCAAAACCCCAAUUCCUGAGAAAGCAUAAACAGCAAAACAAAGUACGUAAUGGACGACGGAGAAGGAGGUCUAAGCUUCGACUUCGAGGGAGGUCUGGAUACGGGCCCCACUCACCCUACUGCCUCCGUGCCGGUGCUCCAGUCAUCGGACCAGAAUGCUGCGAUUGCUGGUCCGAACUCUAUUAAUCCCUCAAACGUCGCUUCAGCCCCUGCCGGCGCCGCCCCCGACGGUGGUGGAAUGGGCGGAAACCGCCGGAGCUUCCGCCAGACUGUGUGCCGGCACUGGCUGCGGUCUCUCUGCAUGAAAGGCGAUGCCUGCGGCUUCCUACACCAGUACGACAAGUCCAGGAUGCCCGUAUGCCGCUUCUUCCGGAUUUAUGGCGAGUGCCGCGAACAGGACUGUGUUUAUAAGCAUACCAAUGAAGACAUCAAGGAGUGCAACAUGUACAAAUUGGGAUUUUGUCCAAAUGGUCCUGACUGCCGGUAUAGGCAUGCUAAACUUCCUGGACCUCCACCUCCUGUAGAAGAGGUUCUUCAAAAAAUUCAACAAUUAGUAUCCUACAACUAUGGUUACUCAAACAAGUUUAACCAGAACCGGAAUGCAAAUUUUGCACCCCAGGCAGAAAAAUCUCAGAAUGCACAGGGACCUACUGGUGCAAGUCAAGCCAUUAAAACUUCAACUACAGAAUCAGCUUUUCCUCAACAGCAGCCAAAUCAACAAGUUCAACAGGUCCAGCAACAGGGCAGCCAGGGUCAAACACUUUCCACUGGACAGCAAAAUCAAACCAAUAGGAGUGCAAUACCCCUACCUCAAGGAACAUCUAGGUACUUUAUAGUCAAAAGUUGCAAUCGUGAGAAUCUGGAAUUGUCAGUACAACAAGGAGUAUGGGCAACUCAAAGAAGCAAUGAGGCUAAACUAAAUGAAGCAUUUGAUUCUAUGGAAAAUGUCAUUUUGAUCUUUUCAGUGAAUCGAACUAGACACUUUCAGGGUUGUGCAAAGAUGACAUCCAGAAUUGGUGGUGCUACUAAAGGAGGAAAUUGGAAGCAUGAGCAUGGAACUGCACAUUAUGGACGAAACUUUUCUGUCAAAUGGUUAAAGCUAUGUGAAUUGUCCUUCCAGAAGACUCGUCAUUUGAGAAACCCAUACAAUGAGAACUUACCAGUGAAGAUUAGCAGAGAUUGUCAAGAACUAGAGGCCUCUGUUGGGGAGCAGUUGGCUUCCCUGUUGUAUCUUGAGCCAGACAGUGAACUUAUGGCAAUCUCACUCGCAGCAGAAUCAAAACGAGAGGAAGAGAAGGCAAAGGGUGUGAAUCCUGAGAGAGGGAAUGAGAAUCCAGAUAUUGUACCAUUUGAAGACAAUGAAGAAGAGGAGGAAGAAGAAAGUGAGGAAGAGGAUGAGAGCUUUGGUCAAGCUUUUGGACCAGUGGCCCUAGGCAGAGGAAGGGGCCGGGGAACAGCUUGGCCUCCUAUGAUGCCUUUAGGACGUGGUGCCUGGCCACUCCCUGGAAAUCCUGGGAUGCGGGGGUUUCCCCCAGGGAUGAUGGGUGAAGGGUUUCCCUAUGCUGGAGUAACACCUGAUGGUUUUCCUAUGGAUGUAUUUGGCAUGGGCCCACGUCCUUUUGCUCCAUAUGGUGGUCCAAGGUUCUCCGGUGAUAUGAUGUUUCAUAAUCGUCCGCCAAGUGGUGGAUUUGGAAUGAUGAUGGGUCCAGGAAGGGGGCCAUACAUGGGUGGAAUGGGUCCCGGAUCUGCAGGCCCACCGAGACCUGGUCAACCAGUUGGGAUGGCUCCAUCAUUCGCCCCACCUCCAUCACAAGCCCUGCAAAAUUCUUAUCGGGGUAAAAGAGAUCCGAAAGCACCAGGUAGUGAUAGAAAUGAUAGAUUCAGUUCAGGGUCAGAUCAAGGUAAGGAUAAAGAGAUGGCAAGUUCAGCCGGGGGACCCGAUGACAAAGCUCCUUAUCUGCAAAAUAGUCUUAGAAAUGACGAAAGUGAAAGCGAGGAUGAGGCACCAAGAAGGUCAAGGCACGGUGAAGGAAAGAAGAGGCGUGGUAGCUUGGAGGCGGAUGCAACAACUCCCCCCGAGAAAUAAAUGGAGUGCAAUAAUCGAGUUUGGAAGUUAUCUUUCCUCUACAGUCAUUCUAACAGGACUCAACAGUAUAUAUGCUACAGAAGGCAAAACAUGGAAGCCAAAGAGAUCCAUUUGGAGGGAAAAACAGAAACGCCCAACAUUCUCUAUAAAGAUGAAAACGAGCCGGCAAAGAACGUUGCAGCUCAGUCAAGUCUGAGAAAACUGCUCCAUUUUGGAUUUUGCUUGCACUGAAUUGUGUAUAUUAUGCCCAAAAAAGGGUAGAUGGGAUAGAAUUCAGAUAUCUAACUCAUUUAAGUAAAACUAGCAAAUUAUUUUGAGUGAUUUUUGAGUUAUAGACGUGACCCACAAUUUAUGGGAUUGGAUUAUUUUGGCUUAGGACUUAUUGAUCCCCAUUUUAAGUUUUUAACUCUACCAUGAUUCUUUA